AUGAACAUCUCGGGAUACAUACCAACAUUUUCGAGCUUCUGGAAGUAUUUUGGAAGGGAGAAAGCAGCAGAGUGGCAGAAAGAGAAACAUCCCAAGAUGAGCUUGAUGAUUAGAAAGCGUUACAGAGAUUUCAUGCGCUGUAAUGGUCAAAGCAGCAACCACAUCGACGUCCUCGAGAAUGAUUUAGAUGUUAAAAAGAACUCUGAAGGAGAGUCAUAUCGUGCAAGGGUUGUAUGA